UCAAAGCCAGAGAUUCAUUCGUUUCGCGACUUUCGAACUGUGAAGUUGUCUCUCCGGCGCGUUACCUCCGUCUUGGCCAAAACUCGUGACUGAUCGAGAGAAGAAGUCUGAAACCAGCUCUGAGCGAGAAGACAAGUGUGGAGACUGCAGUUCAGCAUCCGCGUUUGCUGUGCUCAAGAAAGAAACGGCGAUAGUUGUCUUCGGUUUUCUUGGAGACGUCUUCGCCGCGCUCUCACCCUAUCUGGAGAAGAUUGAGAUCUUGGAGCGCAGCUCUUGAGAAACACUACAUAUAUUAAAUCGCGCGCUUGCAGGGUGUGGUGCUAAAAGUCAAUUUCUAAGAUGUGGCGGCCGAGUAUCUCGAAUUGCGUGUGGAGCACCCUGCUCCUGGCCAUUUUCGUGCAGCAAACGCUGGCCCAGCGAACCCCGACCAUAUCCUACAUCACGCAGGAGCAGAUCAAGGAUAUCGGCGGCACUGUGGAGUUCGAUUGCUCCGUUCAGUAUGCCAAAGAGUACAACGUGCUGUUCCUGAAGACGGACAGCGAUCCCGUCUUCCUCUCCACGGGCUCCACGCUGGUAAUCAAGGAUUCGCGCUUCUCGCUGCGCUACGAUCCCAACUCGUCCACCUACAAGCUGCAGAUCAAGGACAUCCAGGAGACGGACGCGGGCACCUACACCUGCCAGGUGGUGAUCUCCACCGUCCACAAAGUGAGCGCCGAAGUGAAGCUAUCGGUGCGUCGUCCCCCCGUCAUCUCGGACAACUCGACGCAGUCGGUGGUGGCUAGCGAGGGCAGCGAGGUCCAGAUGGAGUGCUACGCCAGCGGCUAUCCCACACCCACCAUCACCUGGAGGCGCGAGAACAAUGCCAUUCUGCCAACUGAUAGUGCCACCUAUGUGGGCAACACCCUGCGCAUCAAGUCGGUGAAGAAGGAGGAUCGCGGCACCUACUACUGCGUGGCCGACAAUGGAGUGAGCAAGGGCGACAGGCGCAACAUCAACGUGGAGGUGGAGUUCGCACCAGUGAUCACCGUGCCGCGUCCGCGUUUGGGACAGGCCCUGCAGUACGACAUGGACUUGGAGUGCCACAUUGAGGCCUAUCCGCCACCGGCCAUUGUGUGGACCAAGGACGACAUCCAGCUGGCCAACAACCAGCACUACAGCAUCUCGCACUUCGCCACCGCCGACGAGUACACCGACUCGACGCUCCGUGUGAUCACCGUUGAGAAGCGCCAAUACGGAGAUUAUGUGUGCAAGGCCACCAAUCGCUUUGGAGAGGCGGAGGCGCGCGUCAAUCUCUUCGAGACGAUCAUUCCCGUGUGCCCACCGGCCUGUGGACAGGCGUACAUCGCCGGAGCCGAGGAUGUGUCCGCCACUUCGUUCGCUUUGGUGGGCAUCCUGGCGGCGCUGCUCUUCGCCAGAUAAGCCAAUGGGCCCACGGCCGUCGACUCCAAGCGCUUCAGGUCCAAUCCAUCAACCAGCCCUCGAAUGCAUAAAACAUAUAUAAAAUAGAUAUAUCGAAAACAAACAUCGUGUAACCGCGCAAUAGAUGUCUCAAACGAUUUCGGACACACCAACCCACAUCCAGUUCUCAGUUCGUUUUGUAGCUUCUGCUUCCGUUUCCGUAUAGUCCAGCCCAAUUUUUGUACGUCCAAUAUUAUGUCUUAAGUUAAGUAUGAUAAGUGAAGGGCCAACGAUAACUAGACUAUAAUUUAUUAGCACCCUAGAGCCGAACUCAACUCGAAAUUAGACUUCAGCCCAGCCGUAAACGAUGCAUUUCACCUUGAUCCCGUCCGUUUUGCUUUCUGAUCUGGCACUGUAUAUGUUUUAAAUAUUUU